AUGCAUCGCACCUAUUCUAUGCGCACCACCCGUGCGCCUACUGCAUCCCAGCUGCAGAGUCCGCCUCCCCCUCCCUCAUCCACCAAAUCCGGUCGCUUCUUUGGAAAGGGUAAUUUGGGCCACGCUUUGCGCCGCAAUGCCGGUGGCGCCUUUGGCCCCGAUCUGGCCAAGAAAUUGGCGCAGCUCGUCAAGAUGGAGAAGAAUGUGAUGCGAAGCUUGGAGACUGUCGCCAAGGAGCGCAUGGAGGUUGCUCAACAACUGUCCAUCUGGGGUGAGGGCGGCGAUGAGGACGUUUCCGACGUUACCGACAAGCUUGGAGUGUUGCUAUACGAGAUUGGCGAGCUGGAGGAUCAGUACGUCGACCGCUAUGACCAGUAUCGUAUUACCAUGAAGAGUAUCCGCAACAUUGAAGCUUCCGUUCAGCCCAGUCGAGACCGUAAGCAGAACCGCGUUUCUUUACUUUUCUGCCAGAGCAAAGUUUCCGUCGCUAACCCCGUACCAGGCAAGCAGAAGAUCACCGACCAGAUUGCUCAGCUGAAGUACAAGGAGCCCAAUUCACCCAAGAUUGUCGUCCUGGAGCAGGAGCUUGUCCGUGCCGAGGCCGAGUCGCUCGUCGCUGAGGCUCAGCUCUCCAACAUUACUCGCGAGAAGGUCAAGGCUGCCUAUACAUACCAGUUUGAUGCUCUCCGUGAGCAUUGCGAAAAAGUUGCCAUCAUUGCCGGCUACGGCAAGCACCUCCUUGAGCUCAUUGACGACACCCCCGUCACUCCCGGCGAGACCAGGCAGGCAUACGACGGAUAUGAAGCUAGUAGGGCCAUCAUCCAGGACUGUGAGGAUGCCCUCACUAAUUGGGUUACGGCCAACGCCGCCGUCUCCUCCAAGCUCUCCACCCGCUCCCGCACUCUGUCCCAGCGCCGCCGCAACAACAUUCGUACCAGAACCGAGGGCGGCCACGAUCUGUCUGCCCAGGACGCUCCUCUGCAUGAUGGCGGCUCUUGGGUCGGACGCCACGGCGAGGAAAGCGAGGAGGAGGAGGAGGAGGAGGAGGAGGUUGGAAGCGACGAGGAGGAGGAGGAGGAGGAGGAGGUUGGCAGCGACGUUAACGCUGAGGCUCGUGGCCGUACCAAGGAAGCCCUGGCCGCUUAA